AUGCCUUUACGAAUGACGCAGCAGCAGCAGCAGCAGCAGCAGACGCUGAUCUCGCUCUGCUUCUUCUCCGCUAACUAAGAUUUGGAGAAAUUAGUCAAAAUGCUUCAAGAACAAGCCACGAGUUCCCUCCCUUCUAGCAGCGACAGAUCCUCCAGCUCUGCUCCUCAGAUGGACAUCAAAGAAGGAAUGGAGAGCGACGAGGACAUAAGGCGGGUGCCGGAGUUGGGGUCUGCCGAAGCAGCCGGCCCAUCGAGCUCUCGUCAAGGAUCCAGUUCGGCAGACGUCAUUGCGGGCCGAGCUCAGUCAUCAUCGGCCGGCCACUCCGGACAGCAGCUGAUGACGCGGAAGGGAAGGAGCGCCGCUGAAAAGGAGCACAAACGCCUCAAAAGGUUGUUGAGGAACCGAGUGUCGGCUCAGCAAGCGAGAGAGAGGAAGAAGGCGUACGUGAACGAGUUGGAGGCGAAGGUGAAGGAUUUGGAGAACAGGAACUCGGAGCUGGAGGAGAGGCUGUCCACGCUGCAGAAUGAGAAUAACAUGCUACGACAAAUACUGAAGAAUACUACUGGCAGCAGGAGGGGGGCAGCUAGUGCCAGUGCCAGUAGCGUUAAUCCUGACGGCUCGGCAGACUAAUAAUAAUCAUUACUUAUUAAGUGAUCAAUUAACUGACGAAUUUCAAGCGUAAUUAUAUUAAUUGAACGAAAUAUUAUGACACCUUUCGCUGUUUGUAAUUAUAUGUGUGUGGAUUGUAAUUAUAUAUGGGGCAAAAUAUCUCAGGAAAAUUUGGUGAUUAAA